AUGGUUGUUUUCUUCCUGAGAUUCAACUUCACUUUGAAUUUUAAUGGCCUGAAACUCGCAACCCCUCUUCAUUCCAUUUCGGAGUCUGCGGAUACCAGCAAAGAUGUCGAAGAUGCUGUCCAAACCAUGGCUCCUGGAGGCGCGGUCAUCGGAGGCGUUUAUCAUUCUUGUUGUCUCCAUUGCUAUCUUCGUGCAUGGUAUGAAACCAUGAUGGAACUCGUUACCCAGCAGAGUGCUUCGUCAGAUGUUUACAAUUCGCUCUAG